CGACCCAAACGAACAAACUCACACAAGAUUUAUGUCUCCCGUUGGAGUUGGCCUAAUUGCUUCUCAUCCCCUGUUUCACCUACGUGACCUACCUUGCUCCUCUCGCCGUGCGCCCGAUCUCCUCGUCCCGGGCGUUCAGUCGUCACAUAGCGAGAGAUCCCCAAAUCUUGUGAACCCUAAUUUUCCGCCCACACCAUCCAAUCUAGGGUUCGCCCAGUCGCUGCGCCUCGUCCCCCGAUUUGGAUAUGGUGCCCCCCUCUCCGGGCGUCCGGAACUUUCGCUACGGGAUGCCCCAUCUGGACCGCGUUUCACGAUCUGCUUAUGCAUCCAUGGUCGUCAUGGCAAGGAACAUUGCAGUAAAAGGCGAGAAUACAUGGGGCAAGUCGAAUUGGCUCUGCUGCCCCCCUUGUUGCAGUAACUAUUUCUGCACCUCCACCUACGCCAAUGGCGACCAAUCUGCCAUUGCCGAAGCCAUGGAUAGAGCAGAGAUGAAGGGGCGGACCUCUUCUCGUGUAUAUACAGCCCACAUCCUUAACAACACCACCCACCGGGACGGUUCUAUAUACAAGAAACACUCUGGUUUUCUAGGUUUAUGGCCACUUACCCGACGUGAUGAGACACAACUCGAGCCAAUGAUGUCCUCGCAGCCCAUGAAUUGCUCCCCGAAUCGGGAAAAAUGUGAUAUACAUUAUGCAACUCAUAUGAUGCAGAUUUUCUCAUUAAAAUUGGCUAAAACUAGUACCAACGUCGGGUUGGUACAGCUAUAUGGAUAUAUAGCAGUGCGGGAUUAUCAUGAUUCGUUGCUUAAUUAUGUUGUCAAUAGUAGCAGAGAUGAUCCCAUCAUUGUUGAACAGGUUCUGUUAUUGGGAUGACUGGCCCUAAGCGAUACAUCGCAACGCUAGCCCCUGUUCUAGUUGAGUUUGACAUGAGGAUCAAGAAAGGAGAGCAAGAAGAGGAUGAUCUACAACUAAUUGAUGGUGCAAUAGAGUACGGCAAUCUAUGCACAUCUGAAUACCCAUUCACAGAUCGUAUUAAUGGCGAUUGCGGCACGGUUGACAUUACUUUAGCCCUCGUUCGUUGGGCAUUUGAGGCCACAAUAGAUGUUACCGUAUCAAAAGUGCAGAGUAGAUUCGAUUUAUCUCUCAGUUCGUUUGUUUUUAUUAUCGAUGGGUUACAUGAGAUUAAGCUCUUUCAUGGCAGUAUUGGUGAGUCGUGUGGCUUAAGAAGACAUGUGAUUGCUGUAAAGGAGGAUACUUGGAUGCAUUUGAAGUUCAAGGUAGGUCAGAGAAGUUGUAAAAAUGAUGGUGAUCUUGAUCGCCAUUGUUCCUUCAAAGCAAAAAAACAUGGGUACGAUUGUCAACAAAUCAUGCUUGAGCUUGCCUCUAUCUCAGUGAAGGUGACCUGGUCGAAUGUGCGAACGGCUCAGAAUUAUAAGUCAACAACCGGGCAGUAAUUACAUCAAGGACUUAACCAGGAAAGAAAUGAACAAGUGCGGAUGUAAAGCACUCUUUUUCA